AUGCCUCUGACUCAACCAUCAUACAGCAGACAUUUUCACAAGGGCCCGAUAAUCAAUACUAAUGACGUGCCAAGCUAUCUAAACCUCCUUCUCUCGGAAAACCGACGGCUGAAAGAGCAAUCGGCCCCCUCGGCCAACCCCGCCGAAACAGAGCCAAACCCCGAAACAGACACAUCUCGACCAGCAGAGGUGCCCGAUGAGAGCAACACGAGCGUGCAGAACCCACUCAUUGGCGACCGUGCCUGGUUUCACCGAUAUGAUCCCUCCGCGCCGCCUAUAUUCAUCGGCGAAGCAGCCUGCACAGCCUUUGCCACCCGGUUUCGGCGGUUUCUCACAGGCAACAACGCCCUGCCUCAUAUUCCCCGGACACAGUAUGUGACAGAAGAGAAUCUUGCAGCCGCUAAUACAACCAAUGUCCAAUGGCCCAGUCUGCAGCAAGCCCGGCUGCUGGUGAAUAUCGCAGUGCGACAGGUCGGGGUAAUUUACCACCUGUUCCUACGCAAAUCUACGCUGGAUAAGCUCGAAGAGAUAUACCGCACGGGCGACUUUGACUGCACCAUCAACAAAUGCAAGUUCUUCGCACUGUUCGCCUUUGGCGAGGCGUAUUCCAAGCGUGCGGAACCAGCAUCUGGCUCGCGGGUACCAGGCACGCCUUACUUCGCACGGGCUUUGAGCAUGGUGCAGAUGCUUCCGGAACGGACAAGCAUUACGCAUCUCGAAAGUCUCUUGUUGCUGGUGCGUAUCGCGUCUCCCGAUACCAUGCGGCUAGGUCUCUCGAUAGGGCUCAACCAUAACAUUCCGGAGUCGCAGCUCAUCGAUCCUGUGGAGCGGCAACACCGCGUCCGCAUCUGGUGGACGAUCUAUAUAUUCGACCGCAUGUGGGGGUCAAAGAUGGGACAGGCGUCGCAGAUUCUCGACGAUGACAUCCACCUGGACAUGCCGUCAAGCAUCGAUCCGCUACAGCUGCACGACGAGCAAUUCUCCGACACUGACCACAUGACGGCGAAUAUCAAGCUAGCCCGCAUUGUCGGAGAGACCAUCGCAAAGCUAUACAGCAGACGCAAGUACAACGAUACUUUUCUGCAGCGGGUACAGAAGCUCUUGAAGGCGCUGAAGAGCUGGGUCGAGACCCUGCCAGAACACCUCCGACUGAACGAGGACGAGCCCGAGAUGAACCACAAACACAUUUCCUCGUUGCACCUCGCCUUCAACCAGUGCGUGAUCCUCGCGACGCGGCCGACUCUCCUCCAUCUUCUCAUCAAACUCAACGAGACUUCCUCCCAACACACCAUCUCGCAGCCUGUCCUGACGCUGGGUGAAGCCUGCAUCCACGCCGCGCGACAUUCCCACAGUCUUAUCCUGACAAAAUGGAUCCACGGCUCCCUCCCGGUGUUCGGCUAUUUCCACGCGCACUAUCUCUUCUCGUCGGCGCUGGUGCUCGCCAUGUCGAGUUUUCUCCCUAUCGGCAGUGCCUCAGACCUCAGCGCGUUCGAAACCGGACUUGAAGUUCUCCGCGCCGUGAGCGAGAACGGCAACCUGGCCGCGGCAGAGUUCUACCACAAUCUGGAGCAAGUGAAGUACUGUCUCGACCGGUACAGGGGUGACAAGCCGCAAGACGGACGACGGGAGCGAAGUGCGACUACGACCGCUAUGGGGUCUAACGCAGCCGUAGCUGCCACAUGCCCACCUCCAAUGAUGGCGACUGCAUCGGCUACUGCAAGUGACACGGGUAGUUCGCAUGCCGCCUCAACGGGGCCCCUGGUGAACGGAUCGAUGAUGUCCGCGCCGGACGCAGAACCCUUGCAUCUGCAUCCUACGGGGUAUAGUCAAUCGGGUAUGCCGGCUGGAACAACAGGGCUAGGAUUCACGACAGCGAUGACGUUCCUGGAGCCGACGAUGCAGGAUUUCCUGGCGCAGUCAGAUUUCGAUCUGGGCUUGUUGCAUCCGGUGGACACAUUCGUGAAUGACGAGAGUUUAUAUACGUGUCAUGGACUUCAUCACGUGUUGGGCAUCUCUACACCGACAUCGCCUCGACCACACUCUAUCAGCGGUACAUUCUGGGAUACACUACUCAGCCAUAACUGUGUCGUUAUGAGCUCAACCCCGUGUUCAGCAUGCAGCUGGACUCCCGAACGCCAAAACCACUGCAGCUACAAAAGCCGCGUGAAGGUGUUCUACGAAGCAGGCGACCGAGGGGUGUGGUCUUUGGGGUCGAAGCUCGUCCUCAAAGACCGAGGCCCCAGUCUCGCGACCCCCGAAGUCCCCAAUAUCGAGUUUGUACGAGAACACACGUCCAUCCCAGUCCCUACGGUGGUCGAGUCAUGGGAAGAAGACGGACACGCUCUCAUCAUAACGAAGCGCAUCCCCGGCGAGCCUCUCAGCGAAGCAUGGCCGAAGCUCUCCCACGAUGAAAGGGACAGAAUCGCACGGCAGACAGCCGACUACCUCCUACAACUGCGCCCGCUCCAGUCCGACAAGAUGCAAGCGCUCGACGGCCGUCCGUUGUACUCCGCCUUUUUGUUCAAUGAUCAGCGCUACCACGGCCCGCUAGGAUCCGACGACGAACUCUGGGCCGACAUGGAGCGCGGGCUGAACGGUUCGCUGUCUGACUCUGUGCGCAAGCGUCUCCGCCAGCGCAUGCCCCCCGCUGCGCCGUACACCUUCAGCCACGGCGACCUCACCAACGUCAACAUCAUGGUGGAGAACGGCUCGCUCACGGGCAUCAUCGACUGGGAGGCGUCGGGCUACUUUCCCGUCUGGUGGGAGUACGCCUUGACAUCCGUGGGUCACGGCGACGACGACUGGCAGUGGAAGGCUCUGCUACGGAAGCACAUGCCGGACCACAGCGCUGCGCGCGAGUUCUACCUGGAUUACUACCACCUCUGUCGGGAUCUCGACAAUGAAAGGGCGCAGAAGUUCAUCAACAGCGGGGCUGGUGAUGGAGCAACCCCGUAA